CGCCAGAUGCUAAUAUUCACUCAAGUGUUGCAGAACCAGGUGAGACAAUUGACCAUCUAAUCCUCUUGCUCCCGCGACAAGCACAGCCAAGAUGGAAGGCCUAGUGGAUCCAGAGACGAUCUACAUGAAGCAGAACUGCAUUGGUGGCGGGAGCUUCGGACGGGUCUACAAAGGCGUUGAUAAGCGUACCGGUGCCUCUGUUGCAAUCAAGAUAAUCGAUGUCGAAAAUGCCGAAGAUGAGGUCGAAGAUAUUAUCCAAGAGAUUGCAAUCUUGUCGGAACUCAACUCCCCUUACGUCACACGAUACCAUGGGUCGUUCUUAAAAGGGUCCAGUCUAUGGAUCAUCAUGGAGUUCUGCUCCGGAGGAAGUUGCUCUGAUCUGAUGCGCCCCGGGACGAUUCCAGAGGAGUAUAUCAUGAUCAUCAUAAAAGAGCUACUUCGAGGACUGGACUACCUGCAUAGCGAUAAGAAGCUGCAUCGUGACGUCAAAGCUGCAAACAUCUUGCUUACCUCCAGCGGGCAGGUGAAAUUGGCAGACUUUGGAGUCUCCAGUCAACUCUCGGCCACGAUGACUAAGAAAAAUACUUUCGUAGGUACUCCAUUCUGGAUGGCACCGGAGGUAAUCAAGCAAUCUGGAUAUGACUACAAGGCCGAUAUUUGGUCACUCGGAAUCACUGCCAUCGAGUUGGCCAAUGGGGAGCCCCCUUACUCGGAUAUCCACCCCAUGAAAGUGUUAUUUUUGAUUCCGAAGAACCCUCCGCCGACAUUGCAAGGCGAUUACAGCAAGGCCUUCAAGAAUUUCGUCGAAUUUUGUCUAAGACGAGAUCCCAGAGAACGCCCCUCAGCUAGAGAGCUCCUAGAGCACCCCUUCAUCAAGCGAGCAAAGAAGACGACCUAUUUGACGGAAUUAAUUGAGCGCUACGAGCGUUGGAAUGCAAUCCACGGGAACAGGGGUGCUGAAGAAGAAGAAGACGUGGUUCAGGAACCCUUGGCAAAGACCUCUUCACCUGAAGAUGAGGAUGAUCUAUGGGAUUUCGGUACCGUGCGGCCUGCGGGGCGAGCACCCGCGCUGAAACCGAUGAAAGAAGCGGACAUGAAUUCGCGGGAUCAUGAACCCAACGAAUGGAAUUUAAAAGAAGAACACCGCAGAGACAUGUUACGACCGAAGAACAGUAUACCAUCUACGCCUCUGCAGACGAAGCAUAUGCCUAGUGCUGUGCCCAAGCCAUUGUCACCCACCAAGAUCCCAUUGCCACCAUCUCCCAUCAAGCAAACACCAGGAGAGCUCCCACCACAAACACCAUCGCACCUACAACAGCCAGUCCCGCGUCAACCAAAGGGGAGUCCUGGUAGCGAAUAUGAUAGGGCCCUGCAGCAAGCGCUGGCUGAGGAUCUGAGUUUCCUCCAGCUCGAUCGCUCUCCUGGCUUUCCACCAGCUCCUUCGAAAGACCGAGGUGCUCCCCCAGCUGUGCAAGGGCAUCAAAAGGCCUGUCAGGCACAUUUACCGGAGGGAUCGUCGUAUCAGGGGCGCAUGCCGGCGCAACCAGUUUCGAAGCUCGCGGAUCAGAACGUUCGUCCCGCCAUAGAACCUUAUCCACCACGUCAAUCGUAUUCGCAGCCACAUGACAGGCUCCCUCCCACACCAAAGCAUCUGUCACAACGACCCCAGCAAGCUGCGGUGCAUGAUUCUCAGCCGUCAGCCGUCAAGCCUGAUUAUUUCCAGCUUCAUAAUACAACAGAUGGAGCCCUCGACGAAAGAGCGCGGGAGACAAGCCAAUCUCUCUCGUCGAAUGAGAUGACAGCCCUGAACAGUGUGAUAUUACCUGCACUCAAAGCAGCCAUCCGUCGCCGGACGCGGCGUAUGGAACUCGUUUCACGCAACUCCACUAGGGAUGCUAGCGAUAACAUGUAUGAUCAGCAGUCACGCCAAGAGUAUGUUCACGCGAUGAUGGAAAGCCUGGUAGGUGAUGUUUGCGGCAUGUUUACGAGGCUUGAGCGUUGGGAUAAUCAGGCACCUGUGGGGAUGGGCGCUCAAGUGACCUCGUUUUUGGAAGGAUUUCUGGAAGAGAUUCUUGUCCGAGUCGAACCCUCUGACUCGGAUUCGAACCCAAGUAGGGCCUAGAUACAACUCUGGUUUAUCAUUCAGCACAGCGCAAUUGACAGCGCCGAUUCCAUCUUUAGGGGCUGGUUUUGAAAAAUGAUUCAUCCACUUUCAGCAAAGACAGAUCAACCAAAGUUGAAUCUUAUGGGAGUCCUUAACCCAGAAAAUGAUGACUAUGGAUGGAGAAUUGAAAUCCCGGCGCGCUAUCUU